AUGGCAACCAAAACAUUUCUCUACUGUUCUCUCUUCGCUAUCGUCUUCUUCUUCGCUUCCACUUCUUCAGCUCACUUGAAUAUAACCGCUCGCGUCGAGCUUAUCCACCGUGACUCUCCUCAUUCACCACUUUACAACCCUCACCACACAGUCACCGACCGUCUAAACGCAGCUUUCCUCCGUUCAAUCUCUCGUUCCCGCCGUUUCUCAACCAAAACCGAUCUCCAAUCCGGUUUAAUCUCAAAUGGCGGCGAAUACUUCAUGUCCAUCUCUAUCGGUACUCCACCGUCGAAAGUCUUAGCCAUCGCUGACACGGGAAGUGACCUAACGUGGAUCCAAUGCAAGCCAUGUCAACAUUGUUACAAGCAAAACAGUCCACUCUUCGACAAGAGCAAAUCCUCCACCUACAAAACCGAACCUUGCGAUUCCAAAUCCUGCCACGCCUUGUCCGAACACGAAGAAGGGUGCAAUGAAUCGAGAGACAUCUGCAAAUACCGUUACUCUUAUGGAGACGAAUCGUUUACCAAAGGAGAUAUUGCAACCGAAACAAUCUCCAUCGAUUCUUCCUCUGGCUCCCCUGUUUCAUUCCCUGGUACAGUCUUCGGCUGCGGCUACAACAACGGUGGUACGUUCGAAGAAACCGGCUCCGGAAUCAUUGGACUCGGAGGCGGUUCGUUAUCGUUAGUUUCCCAGCUAGGUUCUUCCAUAGGGAAAAAGUUCUCGUAUUGCUUGUCACACACGUCAUCUACAACAAACGGUACAAGCGUCAUAAACCUAGGAACCAACUCGAUUUCUUCCAAGCCAAGCGAAGAGUCCGCUACCCUCACUACACCGUUAACCGUAAAAGACCCCGAGACUUACUAUUUCUUAACUCUCGAAGCAAUCACCGUCGGCAAAACCAAGCUUCCAUACACUGGAGGAGGAUACAGUUUAAACAAGCAAUCAAAGAAAGGAACCGGGAACAUCAUAAUUGAUUCCGGCACUACGCUUACGCUUCUCGACUCAGGAUUUUACGAUGAUUUCGGUGCGGCCGUGGAAGAAUCAGUGACCGGAGCUAAACGUGUGAGUGAUCCACAAGGGAUAUUAACACACUGUUUCAAAUCCGGAGACAAAGAGAUCGGUUUGCCGGAGAUAACAAUGCAUUUCACUGACGCCGACGUGAAGCUGAGUCUGAUCAACGCGUUCGUGAAAAUGAGUGAAGAUAUGGUCUGCUUGAGUAUAAUUCCGACAACUGAAGUUGCUAUCUAUGGUAACUUGGUUCAGAUGGAUUUUCUUGUCGGCUAUGACUUGGAGACCAAAACGGUAUCGUUUCAGAGUAUGGAUUGCGCUGGUAACUUAUGA